UGCUCUGACCGCUGCGAAGUCGGGACACGGAACCGCCUCCACCGGUCCCCCUUCUGGGCCACUGAACCGCCUCCGACUCCGGAGAUCGAAGUUUCUGAUUUCUUCGGUGAACGGGGAUGAGUUAUAGUUCUGUCAUGGAAUCACAUCGCCAGCGAACAAGACGGCGGAGGAGGAAGCAGGAGGAGAUGGUGAGGGAAGCAAUUUGGUCUUCAAUUCGGGGGCAUUCUUGUCCGAUAUGUUUCAGAAACCUCGAAGAUCAUUAUAAGGAAGUUGCGAUUCUCUCCGUGUGCAUGCACGCCUACUGCAUCGAAUGUAUUCGCAAAUGGAGUGGCUUGAAAAGAAAGUGUCCUCUCUGUAAUGCAAACUUCAGCUCCUGGUUCUGUAAACUCAGUCUUUCCUCUGGAGAGUUCCAGAAAGAGGUGUUGCCCUUUGAGGGUUUGACCAGCAAUUCUCAUCGAGAAAGUGUCUCAGCCCGUACAGCUGCUCCUAGACUUAUUUGUAGAACAAGAGUUGCUUUAGAUGAAAGGCGAACUAGGGCACUGCCAUGGCGGCGAUCAUUUGGACGUCCUGGACAUGCGAGUCCAGAAGUUGCUGCUCAGAGGAAACUUGAUUGGCGUGCUAGCAUAUACAAGAAGCAUCUGAAGGCUGUUCCUUUAAGCUCUAGCUAUCUUGAGCAGAUUAAAUCAAAAAAUAGUUUUUCAAGAGAAAAAACAUUACAAAAGAUUGAGCCAUGGAUACGGAGGGAGCUACAAGCUGUGCUUGGCGACCCAGAUCCAACUGUUAUAGUUCAUGUGGCAACCUCACAGUACCUUGCAUGGCUGGAAGAGAGAGUUAGUUCUGGACAGCUUGAUGUUGAAGAGAGGUUUAUAUCACCACUGCGUCCUUUCCUGCAAGAUAAAGCUAGGAUCUUUUGGCAUGAAUUAAGGUGUUAUGCUGAGAGUUGCUACAAUAUUGAAACAUAUGAUGCUGUGGUUGAAUAUAGAGACCUGGAGUGAGUGAGGAGAGAAUGCCUCUACUACUAUUCAUCUAUCAGUGUGGGAGGAUGGAAAUUGUGGUGACAUAGUCUUCCAGAGAUCAUGCCAAAAUAGGAAUCUGCUUGUACUUCUACCCAGCCGAUUCCUGCUUUUUAAGAUGCAUUUCAUUGGCAUUUGCCUGAGAAUUCCAGUUGGAUGGAAAUCGGAGGUCGUGGAUCCAAUCUGUCUCAGUUACUUCGAAGCUGGCUUCUAG